GGGUUAGGUGUUAAGAAUUGGGGAGAGGCUGAGGGGGAAAUUGGAGAUGACAGCUUUUCUGAAUCUCCUUCCGUCAAAGUUGUGAAAAAGUCUCCUUGCAAGCAGGUGAAAGCGUCUAAAGUGAAAUUCAUACUUUUGAGUGAUGAAAGUGUUGCUACUAAUGAUGGUUGUGCCAAGAAUGUGAAGGGGCGCAAGGGAGGUGGACUACGUAGUGUAUCUAAAUUGAAGCCUAGUUUGUAUGUGGUCUCUCCAUUCGAACGGGCAAAUCCCAGAGCUAAGAAAGCACAAUCUUUGUACCUUGCUCCUCCCUUUGUUGUUAAGACACCAUUAACUCUGGAGGCAGUAAAGAUGAUUCAAUUUGCUUUUAGUAGUAAGCUUCCCGGAAGUGACAUAUUGGUUAGUCUUGAUGGCGGGGCUCUUCCCUUGCUCCGUGAAGAUUUGGUCCAGCUUUUGCCCAGGACCAAACUUUCAACAAUGGUGAGUUCCUUUAUGUGUGUAAUUUAGUAGAUUGAUAUUGUAUUUCUGACUUUGGUAUAUGUGAUGAUGAUGCAUUAGAUUAUAGAAAUGGUGUGUCUGUGCAAGACACUAGAAUAACAAAGUUGUGGUCGCUGUGGUGGCUUGUGUUGGUUCUUUCCACCUUCAGUUUCGGUACAGUUGUC